UCUGUCCGCCGCUCUGCUCGAGACAAAUCGCACUCCUCCUCCGGGUACGCACUUUAUUUGAAAACUGGUUUGAUAACCGCACCAUUCACGCGAAGGGCGCCGUGUUGGGAAGAUGAUGGCUCCGCUGCGUACAGCGAUGACAGUCGGCAGCGUGGAUGACACGUCGCUCGCGGUGCCCUCCGACGACAAUCUGCGCUCGGGACAGCAGCGCGUGCUGACUCAAGUGCACACCAUUAAGAGGUGCAAGUCCAAACAGGGGAAGAGCGGCCAACUGUCGCCCUCACCAACAACCACGAGUCCCCAGACAGUGCUAUCACCUGAGUUUGGAUCGUUCAAGUUUUCUCCAUCCAAUGGCACCUUCAGCCGCACCAACUCCUCCAUGUCAACAGGCUUCAGCAAAAUGAUUAACUCUCAGAAGAGUCGCACUCUGUCCGCUAAAACCAUAACAGGAGGAAAUUUCAGCAGCUCUGGCAAUUGGGAACAGCAGAUCGGCUCCAACAAUUGGUCCCAGCGUCAAAAUGGGCUGAAAACCGCUCGCAGUGACCCUGCUUUGGCUCAUACUUUCUAUGGUGUUCAUCCAAACCCAUCUUUUAUGAGAGUCAAAGGGCAGAGCCAGCAGACCCUCCGAACUCGACAAAACAGACACAGCACCUAUUCCAUGAACAACGGCACUCAGAUCACCAGCAGCCAGUCACGCAUCACCCAGCUGCCAUUUGCACUGUCUCGCACCGAGGGCAAGAUGGGUACCAUGAAAAUUUCCAAGAAAGUGCAGGAAUCAGUGGUGGACAGCGGAAUUAAAGUGUCAGACAUGACCCUGAAGAAGGCCGUAGAGUUCCUGUCUCACCCUGACGAGAACUACCAGCAGUAUGGAGCCACCUUCAUCCACCACACCACCUACAAUGAGGAGAGCGCCAAACUGCAGGUGCGCGAACUAGGAGGUAUCCCCGGUCUGGUGAGCCUGCUGCGGAGCCCCAACACUGAGGUGAGCCAGGGUGCUGCUGGGGCUCUGAGGAACCUGGUUUUCAUGGACCGGGAGAACAAGCUGGAGGUUCAGAACUGUGGUGGCAUAGGGAAGGCCCUGCAACUGCUCAAGGAGACUGAUUCUACUGAUACUCAGAAACAGAUCGCUGGCCUGCUAUGGAACCUGUCCUCUGAUGAUAAACUGAAGGAAGAGCUCAUAGCCACAGCUCUGCCCGCCCUGACUGAGAACGUGGUGGUGCCAUAUACCUGCUGGUCAGACAACAGCGCCAAUAACAACAUACAUCCUGAUGUCUUCCACAGCGCCACAGGGUGCCUGCGGAAUCUGAGCUGCGCAUCGAAGAAGGAGAGGCAGGCAAUGAGAGAUUGCCGCGGCCUCAUUGACUCACUCUUGAGUUACGUCCAGUCCUGUGUGGCCGAGGAAAACCCUGAUGACCAGUCUGUGGAGAACUGUGCAUGCAUCCUCCACAACUUGACCUACCAACUGGAGGAGGAGUCCCCUCAGUGUUUCAGCAAGUUCCAGUCUCUGGUGGACAGUGAAUUUGAUAGAAGGAGAAGCCCCACGAUUGGAUGCUUCAGCCCCAAGAGUGGCAAGGCUCAAAGGGAGUUUUCAUUUGACAAAAUGCCAGACGAUAUCAUCCCAUCAGGUGCGAAGCGGUUGUGCCAUCCCAGUACCAUGCAGACCUACCUGUCUCUGAUGGGCUCAUCCAAGAAAGACUCCACCCUGGAGGCCUGCUGCGGCGCCCUGCAGAACCUCACUGCCAGCAGUGGACUGGGCUCCAGUGCCAUGAGCCAGAUUCUGGUUCAAAAGCUGGGGGCUCUGCUGCACAUGUCCCCUCUGUUAAAGUCUAGUAACCGGAGCCUGCAGAAGACUGCCCUGUCCCUGCUGGGUAACAUGUAUCGGACCAGUGGUUCGCAGACUUCCGUGAGCAAGGAAAUGGCAAAACAGAUUCUGCCUGAGCUCACCAGCAUCCUCUCCUCGGGCCCCCGAGAGAUGGGAAACUCAGAUGAUUCGAUAGCAACAGCUUGUAGCACAGUACUAAGUCUUAUGAUGACAGACACAGAGGUCACCAAGAAGGUCAUCAGUAGUGAACUGGUGUCAUCAGUGGCCGACCUCAGUGAGAACACGUCAUUUCCCAAAGCCAGAAACGUAGCUUCGGCACUGCUCUACAACAUGUGGAAUGACAAGAAUUUGCAAUGUGUUGUCAAAAAGCUGGGAAUGGGCAAAUCACUUUUUGUCAAUGACAACACCACAGCAGCGUUCAGGUCACUGCAAGUUAUCGAGUGAGUGUGACGGGCGAGGGAAAAAGAUGGAAACCAGCAUGUUUAGACACUGCUUUGGCCACACCUGUGGAACAAGGAGAGUAAAAUGACAUUCUUCACAUAAUAUCCUUGUUGAAAGAGCCUAUCAAUUAAGAGUCAAUCAUACAUUGUACAUGUUUUAGAGAAAGCAGAGCCUUUAAUUUUAUGAGCAAUGCUGUGGUGUUUUUGUUUCUGUCUGUAUAUAUAAAAGGGUGAAUGUGUUUUUGGUAGGUGAAGUGUGAAUGUGCUGAAACCCAGUUCCUCCAGCCACCAGACAAUGUUAUCUGCAAUGAAAGUUAAAGGUAUGCAGUUAUAGCUGCAGUGGUUAUUUAGAUUCAGGAUUGGAAUUGUUGCCAAAUAUGUCUGUCUGUAGUGGCUAAAAGAUAAGCUCGCUGUUGUGGCCUUUGUUUUGUUAUCUGUAUUAUUCUGUGAUUCAGAAUUUUGUUUUAUAAAAAAAAAAAUUAACAGAAAAAGCUUUCAACAAGAGUGCCUAAAUAGAGGAAUAGUUUCACAUUUUGGGAAAAUGCUUUUCACUUUCUUGCCCAUAGUUGAUGUGGAUUGGAAACAGAGGGAAACAGCUAGCCUGGCUACCUUGGGUCUCACGUAGUCAGAACUAACUCCUCAGUGCUGAAUGUGUCAAUGUUAGAGAAAGGUCUGGAAGCACUUAGCCCAGCAAUCAUGCUCUUCCAAAAUAGUGUCGGGGAGGGGGGAAACACAGGGACAGAGAUAACUGUUAGCAUCAUACAACUAAUGUUAACCAAGGAUUAUUAUCAGAUUGAAUGAGCCAUUUCAGUAUAACAGCUAAGAGUUGUGUGAUAGUGCUGCUGCUGUGAGAGCAGGGCCAGCAGCAACAGAGUUUGCCAAUAUUGUGUUGAGUCAGACUGUUCCAGGAUCAAACCUAGGUGUUGUUUGACUGGAGAUGUUUUGAGUGAAGAAGCAAAUCAACUCCAACUAGCCAUGUCAGAAAACGGAUCAACAUCGGGCCUGAGAGUCCUGCAGGAUGUCAGCUUUUCUAAAGUUUGCUCACAAGUUGUUUUGUAUGUUGUGUAUGUAUGCAAUUCACCUAAAGACCAAAGCAGGUGUGCCUUAUUGCAUGAUCCAGAUCUUCAUCAAAACUCGCCAUUUUCAGCUAGUAGGUCAUUAGCUUGGAGGGAGAAUGACGGCCCAAAUAGCCAGCUAGUUGCAAGUUUAUUAUUUUUGUGCAAAUUAUACAAACAAGAUAUAAGCUGUCAAGAGGAAGAAAUUCAGUGCCUUUGGAUUGAGCCAGACUAGCUGUUUUUUCAGUGUUUCUAGUCUUUGUGCUUAGCUAAGUGGCUGUUGGCAGUAUACUGGACUGAUGUGAGAGCAGUAUCGAUGUUGUCAUCUAACUCUCGAUAAGAAAGUGAAGCAUAUUUCCCAAAAUAUUAAACCAUUUCUGUAAGUGCAGUAGUAAAAGCCUGUUUUUUUUAUGUUGCUUUGUUAGCAGAUUGCUUUGUUAUAUAUAUAUGGCUUGGGGUUUUUUUGUGUUUCUUUUUUAUUAUUGUUUGUUUUCUUGCAUAAACUGAGGAAUUGGCGAUGUUUAAGUAUUGAUAUAUAUUACACAACACAUAACACCAGCUGUGCCUUUUCGCUUUGAUUAACAAUGCAUAGAAAGUUGAAGCAGUACAGUUAGUCAACCCCUUUAAAGUCCAAUUUGAAAUAUAUCAAUAAUUGACGUAUCCUGUGACAGUUGAGGUUAGCUGCAGGCUGCACACUGAGAGUCUUUUAAGAAUUCUUUGAUUCAGUUCAAACAGAAAUCACAAAGGAGAUAACGAUAUGAGAUCAUAUAUAUAAAUGAUAAAUGUUUGUACUUAAAAACACACGGUUAUUCGUCUAAAACUUUUAUAUGUGAUCUUUACUACUUUAACAUUUUAAGGGCUCUUUACAGGGUAUCUGCUCUCAUAACUAAAGCACAGUAAUAAAUCAGUUUCACAUCUUCUUAUAACUGAUGCUCUUUGAAGACCUAUCAACACAAAUCAUUAAAACGAAGACUGACUGUGUGCAUCAUAGGGGACUCGCCAUGGCUUCAGCAAUACACUGUAGUGGACUAUUUUUCUUUUAAGCUUGAGACAUUGUAGUCUUGCCGACGUUCAUUUGCCUCGGGGAAGAUUGAUGUCAGUAUUGCCUAGAAUGUAUUAUUUGGAGAAAUCUAUGUGUGUCAUAUAAUUAGGAGCUUUCUCUGUCACUCACUCUGUCCAUAUAAUAAAUAACACAUAUGAAGA